AUGCCUGCUGCAUUACCUAGUUCUACGCCUACUACACCCGAGUCUACUAGUUCUGCCACUACUUCCAUGUCCCCCUCUUCUUCUGUUGAAUCUCCUAGUUUAUCUCCCCUUCCUCCUUGCUCCUUAGACUCAUCUUCCUUGCCUUUGUCUAGUACUGAUUCAUGUCCUCCCUAUCCUAUAUCCACCUCCAUCAUUGAGCCAUCACCUUCAGUAUCUGAUUCUGCUCAUCCCAUGAUUACUCGAUCUAAGUGUGGUGUGGUUAAACCAAAUCCAAAGUAUGCUCUUAAUUCUAUGUGUUUGACUAAUUUGCCUGUUGAGCCUACUUGUUUUAGCUUUGCAACUAAGGAUGCUUAG